AUGUUGGAGAACUAUGGACACCUCUGCUUCCUGGGUCUUCUUCUGUCAAAGCCAGACCUGAUCAUGUUUUUGGAGCAAGAGAAGCAGCUCUGGGAUGUGAAGAGAAAGGAGACUGGAGGCUUCCAUCCAGCUGUAUCUUCACAUGACACCCAGAGUUUCCUGCUAAAGCAGAGCAUAGAAGAUUCUUUCCAGACAGUAUCAGUGCACAGAUACAAACACAGUGCUGUUGAGAUUUUACACUUACGUACAGACUGGGACAGUGAUGGGGAUAGUGACGGGCAUCAAAGAAAUCCUGGACGAUACACCCAAACCAAAGCCAUGGUCCUUAAUGAGAAUCUCCGUGCCCCAAAUGGUGAAGGAUAUAAAACGCUGUGGAAAACCUCCCUUUUAAAGUCAACUGUUUCUGCAGAGCAGUAUGUUUCUGUCAGCACAAGCUCCAAUCAAAUAUUCGAACAUAGCUAUUUGUGGACAGAAUGUUUGGAACAUCUGGAAAGUAACCUAGUCCAUGUUGAGAAUAAUGAUUUGAGCCAUUUGAAAGAUAGGAUUGGCCUCACUUUUCAAUCAGAUAUUUCUGAUCAUCAGAGAUUUAGAAAUGAAGAACAAAGUGCUCCGCGGGAUCCAUACGAGAGGAGCUUCGCUGAGGAGUUGACCCUCCAGAAUGACCAGAGGGUUUCCACUGAAAACCGAGUAGCUCAGUGCACUGAAUCUGAGAAAACAUUGAACCAGGGCUCCAGUGUUCAGAAAUGUGUCAGGGCUAGGUUUGCAGAGAACCAUUAUGAAUGUGAUAAAUGUGGGGAAGGCUUUAAUCCGGGCUCUAACCUCAGUGUACAUAAUGGUCACCGUUUGGGAGACAGUCCUCAUAAAUAUAAUGAAUGUGGGAAAGCUUGUAACCAGUCCUCCAGUGUUGGUGAUCAUCAAAGAAUUCAUGAGGGAAAAAACCUAUUGAGAUCUAAUAAAGCAGGGACCAUGUUUAGCCAGUCAUCAAGCCUAAAUAUACAUAGACAAACCUAUACUGGAGAGGAACGUUACCAAUGUCAAGAAUGUGGCAAGACCUUUAACCGCACUUCACAGCUUAUUCAACAUCACAAAAUUCAUACUGGAGAGAAACCUUACCAAUGUGAAAAAUGUGGCAAGAGCUUUAUACAGAGCUCAGCCCUUAUUCGACAUCACAGAAUUCAUACUGGAGAGAAGCCUUACCAAUGUCAAGAAUGUGGCAAGGCCUUUACCUGCCCUUCACAACUUACUCAACAUCGCAGAAUUCAUACUGGAGAGAAACCUUACCAAUGUCAAGAAUGUGGGAAGGCCUUUAAUGACAGCUCAACCCUUUUUGAACAUCACAGAAUUCAUUCUGGAAAUAAACCUUACCAAUGUCAAGAGUGUGGCAAGGCCUUUAUUUACAGCUCAAGGCUUACACAACAUAACAGAAUUCAUACUGGACAGAAACCUUACCAAUGUCAAGACUGUGGCAAGGCCUUUUACCAGAGCUCACAUCUUAAUGAACAUCACAGGAUUCAUACUGGAGAGAGACCUUACCAAUGUCAAGAAUGUGGUAAGGGCUUUAACAACAGCUCAGCCCUUACUCAACAUUACAGAACUCAUACUGGAGAGAAACCUUACCAAUGUCAUGAAUGUGGCAAGGCCUUUAACCACAACUCAAGCCUUACUCAACAUCGCAGAAUUCAUACUGGAGAGAAACCUUACCAAUGUCAAGAGUGUGGCAAGGCUUUUUCCCGGAGCUCAAGUCUUAGUGAACAUCACAGAAUUCAUACUGGAGAGAAACCUUACCAAUGUCAAGAAUGUGGCAAGGCCUUUAACGACAGCUCAACCCUUAUUCAGCAUUACAGUAUUCAUACUGGAGAGAAACCUUUCCAGUGUCAAGAAUGUGGCAAGAGGUUUAACGUGAGCUCAGUGCUUACUCGACAUCACAGAAUUCAUACUGGAGAGAAACCUUAUCAAUGUAAAGAAUGUGGGAAGGCCUUUAAUCAGAGGUCAAGUCUUAUUGAACAUCACAGAAUUCAUACUGGAGAGAAACCUUAUCAAUGUCAGCAAUGUGGCAAGGCCUUUAACCACAGCUCAACCCUUAUUCAACAUCGCAGAAUUCAUACUGGAGAGAAACCUUACCAGUGUCAAGACUGUGGCAAAGCCUUUAAGUGGUCUUCGCUCUUUAAUCAACAUCGCAGAAUUCAUACUGGAGAGAAAACUUAA